AUGUUGUCCAGUAGAUCAGACAAGGGGACAGUGGAGGCUAAGCGCUCUCCGGUGACGGAGGCGCUACAGGCGAUGGAACAGAAAUGUACAUCGUUCCUGGAGGCGUUAAAGGCUUGCUCAAAGGAAUCGUCGAGGAUAGGCAGCGGCAUGAAGUCGAAAUACAGCGAGCUGACUCACAAUGUAACCUCGUUCAGCAAAACGCUGCAAAAGGGCAGUGACGCAAAGCUGCUGCUCAACUUCCCAACCAAACUGUCAUGCUGCACACUGCUGGAAGGUAUCACGUUCGCCAAUAACAAGACAAAGUCGCUGGUGGCGCACAACACCGCAAUCCAACAGCUGUUUGGCAUCAUCGAGUUCCUGUACCAGCGCAGCUCCCUGAACGCCGCCCGCGAAGAACCCAUCAGGAUUGGGCUGGAUAAUAACGACCUGUAUAUUUAUAUCGAUAUGAUUUUUAAGAUGUUCGAAACUAUCGCAAAAUUACACAAGGUGGACGAAUCAGUUCAUCUGCGCACCGUGCAGACGCUGCUGCUAACAUUUUCGACGUCGUCUCCAGUCAUGAUCUAUGAGGAUAUUCUGCGGCGCGGCUUUCAAUACCUGGACACCAUGCUCAAAGGAGACAGCAACGUGCUAAGGCCGAUCGUGGAGGGCGGUGUCAGGCAGCUGGUGCAAUGCUUGCUCAGCAACUCAAGGAAGCGAAAAGGUGGCCUGAGUAGGUCAGGUACAAUGUUAGCGGAAUUGGGAGGGCAUGGUGUUGUGAGCACCAUCUCACCGUUUGGAAUGAAUGCCGGAGCGGCAGCGGGACUCACUGUCUUCUCAGCGACACCGCAAAUCGCACAUGUUGACCUUACGGUGGAUCUCAUCACUUGCUUAUGUACCGUAAUUAAAGGGGAAAGUUCGGAAUUUAUGGUGAACCUCGGGCCUACAAGCGCAGCUGAGCUGCUGCUGAUCGCUGUUACGGCGAUGCCAAAGGGUUCCCUGUUCGAACUGCCCAAGCUGCAAACUGUGGCAAAGAGUGAAGUGUACACAGCCCUGAAGUACGCACUCGCAGGAGCAACGCUACUCAACGAAGGUUGUGCGAUCCUUGCCAAGGUGAUGGAACACGGGUACUACUACAGCAACCACUGCCCGGAACCCGACCGCGGAGCGGCGAAGCUGUUCACCAUGUUGUACAAUUUUGUGGAGCUGGACCUCAUAGAGACGUCUACGCCUGAAGGAAUACGGCGCAGAAUAGCAUGGAUAAGGGGGCUUUCUUCCGUCAUGCAGUCGAACGACAUGCUUGAUGACAUGUUUGUCCACAAGACCAGUCGGAAACACUUGGUGGAGAUGCUCAACUUCAUUGUGAAGCACCUCCGGAUGAACAAAGAGACCAAUUUGGACCAGUACUUCGAAGGCAUAUACAAAUGUGGCGAGGGACAACAGCUCAUAUCCGAGCAGAUAGACAGUCUAGAGCAGGAGGGGGCACAGCACCGCCCAGUCGGCAUGAAGAUGCUUCCCAUAUUCGCCGCAAAGCUCGAACCGGGAUCAUGUGCCAUGGAUUUCUGCAACAUGACUAAUGGAGUUGUUGGAAAGACGUCACGCAUUGUUGUCAGUGAUGACAUGGACAUGCAGCAGUUAGAAAUGGUAGAGUCAGCCCUUGCCGUUGACGCGGUAUUGGCGGCUGCCCAUGUGUUGUACAGUUGCGUCGUAGGUGCUAACAGCCACAAAACGAGUUUUGCAGCGUAUCGCAUUUUUUACCCCAAAGUCGCAGGAGACUACCCCCCAGCACAUCGACGGAUGGGUAGCAGCGAUUCGGUUGGCAGUAGCGAAUCAGUAUCGUCCGCUAAUGACGAAGCUAUUCUUGACGGACGUUGCCGUUAUUUGAACGAAGCAGGAGAUAUCGUGGUGCAGCAGUUAGAGCGGAUGUUGAACACCAUGCGUUCGCCCGUAAUGCAAGAGGUGCUGAUAGCAGCCAUGCAGGCGACGCUGGUAGUAUGUAAUGUAUACGGAUGGGAAGAUCUUUACACUCGCUGUGUCAAUGCUCUGGUUGCGUAUUUCGUCCUUGUCGAGCGUCAAUUCGUCACGGACCACAGGAAGUGCGCGAUGGAGACUUGGUCGUUAUACCUGCUGCACAUCCGCUGCCUUAACGCGAUGAUGCUCAACUACCCAUCUGCCCUUCAAGACCUCGCAUGGGAGAGCUUCUUGGAGCAUUUGCUGUCGUUUAUUCUCAUAUCGAGGCGUUUGGGUGUCGCCAACAGGAGUCACCUGAGGUCGUUGGAGCCGCUAGAAACGGACGCCAUCAUGCCGACGUUCAAAGGGUUGCAUGAGGAGUGGGAAGCGACACUCACCGAAACUAUCGGUGCUUUCGACCGCUUGAAGGUGCAUGACUUCGAGGUCCUGAAGGGUUUUGUGACACAAUUUGGGUUCCAUGUCGCUAUACCACUUCUGGCAAAAUCGCAAUAUACCGAAAUUUUCGCAAACCAAACGGGAUCACGUUCGGGAGUGAGUAGUAAAGAGAAGUUGGCCCUCAUAGAGAGGACGUUGGAUGCUUGGCCUGAUCAGUUUUUACGCAUGAUCGAAAACGGCGACCAGGUGUGGCCCGAAUUGCUGAGAGAACUCACGCAUUCGCUUGAUCGCGAAAGCGUCCUGGCUGGUGCGGAGCCCGAGUUUUUGCACUGUCUCUUCACGAUCAUCACGGAACUGUCGUUUGCAAGGCAGCAUGAUUCAGUUAUGCUCUUGACGGGGAUAGUGAUGUGCCUCACACGUGACCGAGGUGGGAUUGAACUUAUGAUACAAACCAUAUGUGGCAACAUCGUCAGUCUUUGUCUUGCCGGCCAGCAGUCCAGUGCGCGCUCCAUCGACGCCGGAGUGUGUGUGCUGUACAAAACUUUGAGGGACAACAGUGCGCUCAGCAUGGACAUAAUGAAUGGGCUCAAGACUGUAUGCACCACCGUCCCCCAAAUCAUGGCACUUAGCAGUGGGAUCGUCAACUGCCUCAUGUAUGCAACCAAGUUGGCAUCGCAGUCAAAUGAUUCGAAUGCAACGAUCGUACUGAUCGACGUGUUCUCAGCGCUCGUGGAUGAUUCGGCCGAAUUGUUGCAGGACGACGCAUGUCUGCCGUUCGUGGAAUCCAUUUUCAUGCUAUCGCAAGGCGCAUAUAACAGCGACAAUAAUGCCGCAUUCCGUGUCGUGGCACUGGUGCUCGAUUUCGCUGAGAAGAUGGCUGCGCAAAGCCACUACUUCGGUGCAGCUCGGCCACCACGUGCCAAAGAAGAGGAUAUGUGGAAGAGCAUAUUCAAGGGCCUGAAGGAUCUGGGUCAUUCCGAGUUUACGGAAAUAAGGCAAUGCGCCAUCAAGUCGCUGGCGCUGUUCAUAAAGGGGCGCCUCAACCGCUUCGAAAUGGAAUUGUGGCAGCUUUGCUGUCGUGAAAUGUUGAAGCCGCUGGCUGAGGGGCUUGUAUGCUCGAUCCAUACGCCUGCGGCUCACCAGACAGUAUUUACAGCAUGUGAGGAGUUGUAUGUGGCCUUCAAGGAUUGCGAGCCUCGGUAUAGAGAAAAUUGCGAAGCCGUCAUUGCCAUCCUAGUCACCGGGCUGGAGACGGUCGUUAACGCCACCAUCGGAAACAAAAUGAUGCUGCCCAACGAGCUCAACUCAGCUCUGGGGCUGGCAAUAGGCAUUGCGACCAACAUCGUUAUAGAUUACUGCAGAAAUGACUUCAUCUGGAACAAAUGCAUGAAUAUAAUGCGGGCGAUGAUGCACAAGGAUGUCGAUUUGCUGAGACAGAACUUCUUCAAGAGUAUAUGUUCCAUCCUCACCGCACUAAGUGAGCAGGAGGAGGGCAUCGAGGAGAAGCUCAUGCAAGUCAUCAGGAUGGCACUGGGUGACCCCACGAAAGAAGAGGCACAAGAGCUUGAGGCAUUGGCCACGGCAACAAGCGAGGGGGCGGAGCUAUCGCCCUGGUUGGUGGUUCCUCCGUGGAUUCUUUCGGGGUCCGUUCUAACAGGGAGCUCCACUCAGCAAAUGGCAGUCGACUAUCUGUGUGAAGAGGUGCUUGGUGAGACCGUGCAAGCCGUACCUGCAGCACCGUUGACACUGUACGAAACUCUCAAGCUGGCGGACGACCCGAAGAUCAAAUUCACCUUGCGCGAUAAAAUACAGAAUUCAGUUGGGAUACUACAGGAGAUGCAAAUGUUGCAGCUGGUGACGCUCCAUUACACUCCGCAAAUACUUGGAGGGACGGAGGCGCUGGCCAAGGUGACGCCGGAAGACGUACUUCAGGCGCUUGACAAUGUUCCAGCCGAGGCGUCGGAACAGAACCAGUCCUCUCAUUCCAGUCUCAGUGCUAUUCUGACGAGCCAGGAACGCGCCGCCGUUAUGACAAAUAUAGUUGCCCACGUCAAGGAGCCGCCGCUCAUAACGUUGGUGGAGACCUACAAUCCGGUUUCAAAGCUGUUUCGGUCCCUGGGCUCAAUCAAGAGUCCAGCUGUCUAUGGCAUGCUAGUGGAGUCACUGGUCAACAAGUAUCUCAUGGGGGACGUUUCAAAGGUCGCCCUUGCACUACAAUUAAUAGACAAGAUAGUGCUGUCGGUGCGCGACAUGCUGAUACGGUUCGUCACUGAAAGCUCCGAGGCCAUAGCCAAUGAGGACAGGCGGGCCAUAGAGGAGUUUCUCGCCUCCAAGACUUAUCGCAUUUUGAUGUGCACGGUGUUGCCCAUGGCACCGCUUAUAUUGGAAAUUGCUAAAACGAUCCUCGUUAAGCAUACCCUGCAACCCGUUGCCUUGAUACUGUACCAAGCGUGCAUCAACAUAUCGAAGUACAUCUACCUGGCGCUAUAUGUGACUAUGCACUUCAUGCAGGUCAACACGGUGGCAUCUCAGCCGGUGGUCGACUUCUGGAGAGCGGUUAUCCCGGCCAUGCACUUCUUCACGACGCUCAACUAUAACGACGAGCUUGAGACGCGGAUCAAGUACAUCAGGCUGUUGCACGCGGUCGAGGUGGAAGUCAUCACCGCAAUGGUGGUGAAUCCGUUCAGCGUGGCGCCACCGUUCGUGUACUCCAGCGUCGCGGGAGUGCUGAACCGGUUUGCCGAUACCAGCCUCAAUGUGCCGCCGCCACACCCGGCCGCUGUGCGCAUGCGCGUGGUGUUGACGAAGCACUUCUUCUUUGUGCUAGCCAGCAACAUGCACCAGUUCCUUGGCAACAAGGAUUGCGAGAUAGAGGUGCUCGCGGCAUUGAAGGUAGUGGAGUCGAUUUCGACGCUGCCCAACGAGCUCAUAUUCGACAACGAGUAUUUGCGCAAGCACAAGUAUCUCCGCUACGUGCAAAAGAGGCCGCUGGCCUCCCUGACCAUGCCCGCCCUGCUCGAGCUUCUGGAAUCGGAGAACAAGCGCGUCAUACGCGCUACGCGUAGGAUUCUGUCGCUGUUCUUGGAAGAAAUGGGGGCACAGGUCACCACACAAUGA